CGGUUCCGAUCGAGUGCCCAACGAUGACGGUAACGAUAAUCGUCGAGUAGCUUGUCCCGCGAAACAAAUCGCGCAUUCUCCAUACGUUAUAUAGCGAACGAGGCUAUCGUCGGGAGGCGCAUACACAAUCGGAAGAGAAACGAUUGUACAAGAGAGAAAAAAUCGGGAGGAAAAUUUUCCAAUUUCUGUGGAAAAUCCGUGUAUCGAAAGGACGGUGGAUUCGUAUAUAAGUUCUUAUAAAUAGAACCGAGAAAGGCGAGCACCGGAAAAGUUUUCCUGUCGCGCGAUGCCGCGACGGAACACGACAGCAUGUCAGCCUCUAAAACGAACAAAGAAAGAUUUAGCUUAGGAGAGAGGGAAAGAGCGACAGAGAAGGAGGAAGGGAAGAUAGAAAGGAGAGGAAGAAAGAAGGAAGGAGUAAUUCGAGAAAACUGGAGAGGGAGAGAGAAAGAGCGAACAUGGUGGACGCGCGGUAUCCACGCUCUUAGCGCGGAUCGGUUCACGAGGAAAGAGACGGGGAGAGCGGGUGAGAGGGCGAGCGCAAGCGCAAUGAGCCAUGGAGUUGCUCUCGACGCACGCCACAUUGAAAGCUUGCGACAUGCCGCAAAGCCGCUCAGUCGUGCGCCAGCUCUCAUGCGGGUGGUAUCGUUUUCUCGGUUUCUCGUCAUUCCUUGUGGUGUACCGUAACCGCGAGCACGAAAAAGCCCGCGUAGGCGUGGUGAACGCGUUGGCACAUACGAACCACGCGGUUUUAAGCGAAGAAGAAACAAUCGCGUUUCUCUGAAACGAUCGGACAUUAGGUGCUCGUCUUCGUCCUCGAAAAUUGGAAUAGUCGAGGGUCACGUUUUGAUACUUGGACCAGUGUCAGAUCUCGGCUCGUCCGCACAGGAAAAUUCCCGGCUUGCCAUACGAGCUCGUUCUCUCGUGGUAAAGUUUCAUACCGAUACGUUUGGCUCUCUCUCUCUCUCUGUUUUUUUUCCGUGGACAACAUCGUGACACCGAGUACGAGAGUACGCGUAAUUAUUAUUAAAAGAAAGUAAUAACAAGGAUUAAAGGAACAAGAAUCGAUUUUACGGACAAUCGGAUAUCUACUCGGUAAAGAGUAAGAAAAAAAGAGAAAAAAAAGAAGAAGGUGAUAGGACAGAAUUGCGGAAAGAUAUUACCUUAUUUGUGAUGUGCGAGUGAAGGCAAUGGAGUCACCAGUCAUGUACGAUUCAGCGGCCCAUCAGGCUCAGGCCCACGGUGCGGCCGAUCUUAAGAAGUCUCAGGUACUCAACAACAACAACAACAACAACAACAAUCAUCAGAGCAACAACAACAACAACACCAACGCUGCGAAUAACAACAACUCGGCUCUUCAAGUGAAUCACAAUCACAGCCAGCAGCAAAGCGGUUCAGUGGUGAGCAAGGUCUCGGCGAGCAAGGCUAGCCUUCACCAACAGUACGCGGAACAUUGCGCCGCGGCCGGCGAGCUGACAGACCUGAACACACCCGAGAUAUCGUUAGAUCUGCAGCACCUGAUCGACGACAGCCACUUCAACGACGGCCUGUUGGACAUGUUAGGGGCGAACAACGGAGCUGUGAAACACGUGAGAACGCCCGGUUAUCCACGCACCACGCUCGCCUACAUGCCCCAACCUGUCCACAGCGGGGCGAGUUAUCACCAGGGCAGCAACAGUUGUAGCGACAGCAACAGCUCGAGUUCCGAGUCGCCCAGCAUCAAAGAAGAACCACUAGACCCGGCGGAUUAUCGCCGUCACUGCCCGCAAUAUCCGCCCGGUGGAUACAGUCCGGUCACGAACGGGCCGUUCGCGAACGGAGCGCCGACCUUCACCACUUUGACACCGUCCACGGUACCGGGUGGCCAUCCCGGUGCACCGGUGCAUCAACCACCGCCACGGGGCGGGCCGAUGAAACCGGUGAUGGCCCAUCAACACCACGCCAACACUGCCGCCGCCGUUGCCAGAAAACAGACAAAGACGAUCGACAAGGCGAGCGACGAGUACAGAAGGCGUCGCGAGAGGAACAACAUAGCGGUGAGAAAGAGCCGCGAGAAGGCAAAGGUACGAUCGAGGGAGACCGAGGAGAAGGUGAAGCUGUUGGUGAAGGAUAACGACCUGCUCAAGAAGAGGAUCGAACUGCUCACGGAGGAACUGAACGUUCUCAGGUCUUUGUUCAGCAGCGUCGGAGUGGUACCGGAACAAUUGCACCGAGAGAUCUCGAGGCAUCUCGAUCAGUUCCAGCAACACGCGGUGGGACCCAUGUAGCGCACGACGUCAUCAUCCUCGUCGAGCAUCGCGGUGCCAUCGCACCGCGUGUAUCGCGCCUUUCUCUCGUCCACCGGCGUCGACCUUCGUCCCUUCCCUUUCGAAUCGAUACCAUUGCGAAAGAGACGCGCCUCGAAGCGACUUCCGCUUUCCGGAUGCGAGCCCGACGCUCCCUCUCGAUCCUUUCGCGUCCGCGUCAUCCGGGUAAAAGUAAAGAAGAACGUCCUGGAUCGAGCGUCGCGGCCGUUACUGCGUCUUUUGUCCCGUUCCAUCACGUGGAGAACGCGAGGUGCACGUGCGUCUCCUCGAGAGAAACGACACGCGGAUCGCGGACAGAAGAAAAGACGCGGUGGGAAUGGAGAACAGAGAGGAGCAGAGAGGGUCCUCGAGAGGAGGAGGGAAAGAAGAAGCGAGGAAUAAUAGGAGAAGGAGGAAGAGGCGUGACUCGUUUGAAGAAGAGACGCUCGUCGGUUUCGCCCGAGGAGAAGCUUUUCGGCAGCUGGAGCUUACGUCGACGACUUCACGUGUUGGAAGAAAAGUGCCUCCGCUCAUGGCGAACUUUUAUUUACACCAAGUGCAUCGGACACUUUCUCUGUUCGUCUGUUACACGACGCGUAACAAUACGGAGAAAAAGAUAUGGAGAAAAACGGGGAGAAAAAAAAAAAAAAAAAGCCACGAGCAAUUUCGAGAUUUUCGCGCAGCCGCCAUGUUGCGACUCUUUUCUUUGACCCUUUGGAAUUUACGCGAGAGAUAAACAUAAAAAAUUAACAUUAAAGACGGACGAUCGAUUCGUCCGAUCUUCUUUGUUUCUUUUUUUUUUCUUCUUCUUUUUUUCGUGUCUAACUUUUAUUUUUUUUUUCUUUUUCUUUUUUCUUUUUUUCUCAAUGUACGUAAGACUGGGUGGUGAUCACCGCGUGUAUCGCGGGUUCGCCGCCUCAUUCGAUCGCGUAAUUCGCAACGCGGAGAGACGCGUUGCGACUCUGAACAAAUCACGCAUCGAUGUGUACAAAAGCAUCAAUUACACUCACUUACACACACAUACACACACACACACAACAAUCACACCUAAAAGAAUAUUUGUAAUCAACGCGCGCAUACGUAAAUUCGCUCGCAUAAAUCUUCGAUUCUCUUAAUGUUAUACAUUUUCGAUGCACCUUACUCCGACCGCACAUACACACGUGCGAAGGAAAACACGCACACGUACACUCAUAGAACAUACACACAUGGCAGAGUACAUAUAUAUGUUUACAUAUUGUGACGAUGCGAUGGACGCGAUGCACACGUGCGCCGCGUUACGUUCAGACGUAUAUGUAUAUAUAGAUAUAUAUAUAUAUAUAUCGAUCGAUCAAAUUAGAUAAUCAUUCUCAUUACCAAGUACCUAAAAAAAGGCAUCAUACCGAGAUACCGUAAUUUUUGCGAAACAGUAUCGAAAUGAAAAAUAACGACGUUACCUAACGCUACCUUCUUGACUCGCGCAUUGUACUCUUUCUCGGCAGGAGCGAUGCGACCCGACCAACCGAGGAAAGGAAACGCGAACGACACCCACAUAUGCCCACAGAAAAAAAAAAAAAAAGAAAGAAAAGCACACUCUUUAUCACACACGCCCUUGUAUUAUAGCUCUAUAUUUUAAUUUUAUUAUAUUCGAGAUGUAUGUACAUAAAAAAAAAAAAAGCUAAUAUAUUUUGUUAGAGAAACGAAA